AUGAGCUCAAAGAGCUCACACUAAUCACCUGACAACGCUGCUGAGAAACUAUAAAAACUUGUAAAUUUGAGCAAUUCAUUAUCUCAAGUUUAGGCGACUCAGUAUAAAAUGGACCUUGACCCUAUCUUUCAAUAGGAAUCAAAAGAUUAUGGAGAUUACACUAGAAAAAAUUCGAGUAUGCCUAGAGUUACAGCAAAUCCAAGCAUAAUCUCGUAAGAAACAGAAAAAUUCAAGAAAUUAAGAAAAAGUGGGAACAGCAGUUAGCAUAAAAUUGUCAAGAUACUAACUGAAGAAGAGGAGCAAUUCCUGCAGAAAAUGAAGAGUUUUAUUGACAGCUAUGGAGAUAUUUUCAGUUUUUCAAAAGAGAAAAUUGACAAUGAGUUGAAAAUGAUUCUACAAUAUUUCUAUGCCAAUUCUAACAAAAUCAACCUUAAAAAUGUGGAUUUGGUGGAUGACGCUCUUUCAUUUCAUGAGAGACGAGAAAAAAAUCAUUAAUACAAGGUAUCUGAUUUGUAGGAGCAUACUAAAGUUGUCAAUGAAAUCAUAACGAAUUUAAAGAAAAAUAACCUUAAAACUCAUAGUGGGUCUGAUGAAUAUGUCAGCUAAACUGAGAAAGAAGUUAGAGGCAUAAUGGAUAGAUAUAGGAUUUAAAUUAACAGAUCAAAGAUGAAAAAUGAAGGCAAUAAGGGAGUGAAUAAGUGUAAGGACAACAAAAAGGCUUUUUACGAAUACAAGCUCGGAAGACUAUUUCUGAGAACUAUGGAGCAGGAUAACUAUGAAUAAGAUCAGGAAAGAAAAAAACUUGUUUAAAGAGUUGCUAGGAAAUUGAAGAAAGAUCUGAUGGAUAUGAGGCUACGAGGUUAGAAAAAAAAUGUUAGUCCAAAAGGUGGUCAACAUAUAAAAGGAAAAGCUUUACAUAUUUUGAGAACAAUUGCCAUGAGAAAACACCAAGAUUCUGGGUAAAGUUUAAAUUAGGAUAUCAUUCCUCCAAAGGGUCUUAAUUCUGCAAUGCUAAGUACAAUCACCCCAAUAGCUGUAGUUGCUUCAACUAAGUAACAUUCAGUCUCAUCUUUGAAUGAUUAUUAUUCUGAUGAGGAGGAGAAAGAACAUGAAGCACCUGAAAAUUAGUAGGAGUAAGAAGACAAUAAUGAAAACGGGCAGGGGUUACCAGAUUUGGUGAAGUUCAAGAAGGCAAGCUUUAAGUUCAAUAAUAUGCUCGAGAAGGUUAAGCAGAGAAUACAAAAAAAUUAAAAGGCAUCAGAUGCUGGUACAGACUAAUAAGAUCCUCAAUAACAGCUACCUCAUCUAGAAACAAAGACUGGCCAAUUCGACUUAACUAAUAUGAAUCUAAGAGCAAGAGGAUUACCAGGCUUAAAACAAGGUUCUCAUACUACAAUGAAUACACCUCAAAAAUCUAUUGAUCACUUCAUUGAUGACUCGCUUCUAAAUAAGACUAUUGAUGAAAUUCAUCUGAAUCAAAAUUAGAACAACAAUUCAAUGAGCAUAAAAUAAGAUCUCAGUGCCUUUAAUAUAACACCUUAAUUGGAUGUAUCUCUAAAAAAUACUAGUAUGUUAUCAACUAAAAGAAAAAUAAAAAAUGUAGACAGCAAUAGAAGUAUUAUGAUUACAAAUAGGCAUAACUUCUCGGCAUUACAUCCAAAGGUCUAAUUUAUUCACAAAGCUCAACAUCUGCUAAUAGAUAAGAAAGCCCUGCCAGUAAGACAUGUAAGCGUGAAAAGGCAGACUUUUAUUAGUCCGACUCCCUCAAUAAGAGAUUCAAGUUUUAAGGAGCACUUUGACAGAUACACUAUGAAUACCUCGACUCAAGAGUAGAGCAAAUAAGUUACUUCUGUUAACCGUGGAAAAGUCAAGAACCUGAUUCAUGCUUGCUUGUAUUUGGAAUAAGAUUCAAAGUAGAAUUUAAAGAAUGGAAUUCAUGAGUUUGAAAGAGACUAAUAUAUAGAGGAGUUGAGGCAGGACAAACUAAAUGAUACUAUAGAUUUACUAAGAGAAAUCGAGAUAGCUGAAAAUCCCAAGAAACUGAAAUAAAUUUACAUGUAUAAGAUCAUGACUCAUGAUGAUUACUUACAAGAGUAAAGGGUAAUAAAGACUGAAUACAGAUCUGGUCUAAUGGACCCUUCAAGAGAGGUUGCAAGAAUUGAAAAGAAAAGAAACAAUAAGUAGACUUAGUCAGUACUUAAGAGAUACUGA